AUGGCCGUGCUUCGCGUUUUCUUACUGGUGCUCUCUUUGCUCAUUGCCGCCGCGCAUGUGGUCUCCGCUACAGCGCCGAUAUUCGAAUCUGAUCCUGCGCGGGAUGUUGGCGUCUUGGCGGCGGACGACCUGUCCUCCCCAGUGGCAGUCAAAGAUGCGUCCAUCUUACCACUGAUGCAGGAGAUCCGACGGAUGCUCAAGGGGAAGGCGGUCAAGGUGAAGAUCGGGCCGAGUGAAAUGAAAGCCAUCGCUGAGGUUGGAAAGGAGCUUGCGAAGUAUUCUAAGAAGGAAUGGGAUAGGAUGGUGAAAGACAAAAAGAAGCAAGCGGAAAAGCUGGAGAAAGGGUGGGAGGAUACCAAGAAGGCAGCGAAUGAGGUGAAGCAGGGGUUUGAGAAGGUUAGGGAAGGUGCCAGGAAGGCAGCGGACGACGUGAAGCAAGGGUUCGAGAAGGCCACAAACUUCUUUGGAAAUCUCGGACGCAAUCGGGCGGUCGGCACGCUGGCGGUGAUGCAGAGGGCAGUGGCCGCCCACUGCUGGAGGGCUGCCACGUGUAGCGCUCUCAUUGGCCGUCCACGGACCCGACCUUCCACCCUGGCACAGCUGGUGCAGACGCUGUCAGAGCGCCAGGCCGCCCAGCGUCUGUCACAUCUGCGCGCGCUCAUCAGCCACGCCUCUGCCCUGCCUGUGGACCUGCGCCCAGAGAUCAAGACCCUGCGCCGCGCUGUGGCCCGCCUGGCAUCGCGCCCCAAGGCUGAUACCGCUGCAACUACUCCUCCUGCCACUCAAUCGCCUCCUCCCACCGCACCACCCACUGCAUCGCUGCUCACCGCACCCUCUCCCGCACGCACAGCGACGCCUCUGGCUGUAGCAAAAACUGUAGCGCCGUCAGGCAAAGAAGCUGCGACAGCACGUGGGGGAAUCGGCACCGCAGGUGCUGCCUCGGAACUGAAGGCGUCCGGGCUGAAAGGCUCUCGCAGUGCCAAGCGGAAGCUGGCAGCAGGCGGGGAAGGCAAGGCAGUGCGUGUGGGUAAGGGGAGAGCAGGAGCAGUGGCUGUUGGGGGUGCAGCAGAAGCGAGUCUGGCGCUGGUGCCACGGCCGCAGCCACCAAGGGCAAGAGGAGCCCUCGCGCCCUGCACGCAGCGGCCCUGCAAGGAGGCAGCUGCAUGGCCGUGCCUGCUUGUGCUACAACCUGCCCCCGUGGCCCGACUGUAA